UAGGUAUAUAGCCUAUAUGCGAGUAACACUCCAAAAACGCUCACGGUGCCGGUGCCCGUGCCCAACUCAUAAUUAAAUAGAAUUCCUUUAGAACCUCUGGAAUCUGGAACCUCUCAUAUGUGAUACGCAAAGCUCGAAUUGCAGAAGCUCGUUCCAGCUUUCUUCUCGCCUGUUAAGAGGUGAAAGAAAUUACAGCCAAAAUGGUGGAGCUGGCAGCUGAGAAGCACGUUCGAUAUAUCAUAUCUGUCGAGAAGAAGGACUCAUUUGAAUCAGUGGUCAUGGAACACCUUAGGAUGAAUGGUGCUUACUGGGGACUGACGACGCUGGAUCUUUUGGGAAAACUUCACGUCGUGGAUCAAGAUGAAGUUAUUUCAUGGGUUAUGCAGUGUCAACAUGAAUCGGGUGGAUUUGGCGGUAAUAUUGGACAUGAUCCACAUAUACUCUAUACGCUCAGUGCUGUUCAAGUUUUAGCUCUAUUUGAUAAGCUACAUAUUCUUGAUGUCACUAAGGUGACAAAUUAUGUUGUGGGGCUGCAGAAUGAGGAUGGAUCCUUUUCUGGAGACAUGUGGGGAGAAGUUGAUACCAGGUUUUCAUAUAUUGCAGUGUGUUGUCUGUCAUUGUUACAUCAAUUGGGCAAAAUUGAUGUGGAGAAGGCUGUGAACUACGUUGUAAGAUGCAAAAACCUAGAUGGUGGAUUUGGAUGCACACCUGGUGGCGAAUCGCAUGCAGGACAAAUUUUUUGCUGUGUUGGUGCUCUUGCUAUAAUGGGUUCUAUGCAUCAUGUUGACAAGGACCUUCUUGGUUGGUGGCUGUUUGAGCGCCAGGUGAAAUCAGGAGGUCUAAAUGGUCGACCGGAGAAGCUUCCAGAUGUUUGCUACUCAUGGUGGGUACUAUCUAGCUUGAUUAUGAUCGACAGAGUUCACUGGAUUGACAAAGAAAAGCUUGUUCAAUUCAUCUUAAAUUGCCAGGACUUGGAGACAGGAGGAAUCUCAGAUAGGCCAGAUGAUGCUGUUGAUGUUUUUCACACGUACUUUGGAGUUGCAGGUUUGUCACUUCUCCAGUAUCCGGGAGUGAAACCUGUAGAUCCUGCCUAUGCAUUGCCAGUUGAUGUGGUGAACAGGAUUCUAAUCGGCUCGUAAACCAUUCUUCAUAAUGUUGGAGCUCCAUUUAUUAUCAUAUAGCUUAGAAUCAUAAUGGUAAACCAUGAUAAUUGAAGGCAAAAGAGAGAAAUGUGUAGAGAGAUACUCUGUUCAGCAAGGGUAGUAAGGAAACCCUACGCUCGCUUCUCAAUGCUCACCAUAUCUGAUGUUCCCCUUGUUGCUCAAACAUGUCUGCCAUGAUAUAGAUCUACAAGAAUUUAAUUUAUAGCUAAUGAAAUUUGAUGGCGAAUUUCAUUUAUGAGAUAUGACCUAUUGCAUAAAUAAAUACUCUUACCUUUUUUUAUUA